UUAUUUUAUUUACCCAACAGCUAAACUCAUAGGAAAACGCAUCAUAAAAUUCGGUAUUUGUGAACGGUAAAGCGAAAGAAAUGUGCGUGCAAAAGUUUUACAACCGAUAAAUUGUCAUAUUGCGGCAUUGUUUUUUGUUAUUUAAUUCAAAUGUUGUCAAAUGGCGUGUUCUAUUUGUUGUGUUUUGCUUACUUAACGUUUACAUGCCACGCCGUCAGGCCUGAAGAUGGAGGAUGGGUUCUCGUCCCAGAUCCCGAUUACGAUACAUACAGUUUUAGCAGCAGUCUAUUUAAUGGCACCAAAAUAUUCAUCAAUGUACACUGCGACGAUCCAUUCAAUGUCUCUGUUGGCUGGAUCUUGACGGAACCUAAUUGUUGGAGCGAAUACGAAGACUUGGGUCAUGGGUUGAUCAAACAACUCCAGUUAAAAUAUAUUGAGAGUGAUUUAAAAUCGAAUACUACCAACUUGAAUUACAUGAAAUUCGAUGACCAGGUAUACUCCUGUUCUUCUGGUAUCGAUUUACCUGAUAAAUCAAUACAUUUGGAAAAUACUUCCAAAUCGGUACCUACGCACAAUAAUGGAAAGCACCCCGUGUAUACUAUUACCAAAGAAGGUAUGUAUUUACUUACUGUGACAGUUACACUUCAGGUUCCUGAUAAUGAUCGGGAUAUUGAUAUAAGUAAAUUCACUUACGGCUUAAACGUUUAUAUGCGAGGUCCUCAAGGAUACUUAUCUGCGACAAAUUGGCCAUUAUUACCUUUUUAUGAAAUAAUGUGUUUCAUAUACAUCUGUUUUGGCAUAACUUGGUUGGUGCUACUAUUUCUACAAUGGAGAGAUUUACUUCAGAUACAAUUUUGGAUUGGAGCUGUCAUUCUAUUAGGAAUGAUUGAGAAAGCAGCUUUCUACGCUGAAUACUAUGAACUAAAUAUAACCGGUGAUGUGAGUAGCAUCUACGGAGUGAUGGCUAUGGCCGAAGUGAUCUCAUGCUUGAAACGAACCCUAGCCAGAAUAUUAGUAAUCAUUGUUAGCUUAGGAUUUGGUAUUGUCAAGCCAAGAUUAGGACCGCUACUACCUAAAGUGUUGGGUGUUAGUUCCAUAUAUCUGGCCAUGUCAUUACUGGAGUCGUAUUUCCGCCUUUCGAGUCACAUGAGCGCAGAAUUAUUGUUGGUCGAAUUGCCACUAGCCACGUUAGAUUCCGGUAUUUUGUGUUGGAUAUUUUCAGCCUUAACUCAGACAACUAGAGCACUUCGUCUUCGGAGGAAUGCUGUGAAACUCCAAUUGUAUACUCAUUUCACAAACGUUUUGGCCUUUACUAUUGUAACCUCUACAAUGUUCAUGUUAUAUUCUAUUAAAACACAACGUUUGACUAAUUGUGAUAGGCACUGGAGGGAACAAUGGUUGGAUGACGCUUUCUGGCAUAUUGAAUUUUCUAUCAUUUUAUGUGUGAUAAUGAUACUGUGGAGGCCUACCAACAAUAACCAAAGGUACGCAUUUACUCCUUUGUUAGAUGCGCCAGAUGACGAUAGGGAUGAAACUGAACUAUUCAUAAAAGACACAUAUAAUGAUGUUAAAAUGAGAACUGCGAUGAAUGGACCAAAUCAAAACGCACAAGUGACACCAUACAAAGACUAUCCUGCUUCAAACGGAAGUAGCACCAAGAGCCAAACACAGCUUGACGAUGAUUUAAAAUGGGUAGAAGAAAACAUACCUGGUUCAUUAUAUGAAACGACGGUCCCAAUUUUGGAUUAUAACGAAGACGACCAUAACACAGCCAUUGAACGAUCGAAAUUGCAAUAGUCAUAUUUAAUUGUAAUAGUUUUGUUCUUAAUAUAUUACUUAAAAUAUUCUUUAAAUUAAUUUAAUUAGGUAAAUUAUUGUGGAUAAUAUUUUGUACUUACUAUUAUUUUAUAUUUUAUUUUAUUUUUUCUUAUUAUAUCAAUCUAUUACUACUGCUGCUGCUGCUGCUGUUAUUCAUAAGAUUUCGUUGUGUUCCUCGUACUAUUAAACGUUUUAGCCUAUGCCAUUUGAAAAUUGAAUUUAAUCUUUUAUUUUGGAGUAGAAAUUGUUUUCUGAUUAUGAUAGAGCACGUCAUGAUUAAAUUAUGUAUAAAUAAAGUAUUUUAAUUAACAUUA